AUGUUCGUGCUCCCACCACCGCCAACGUCGACCAAAAAGGCCCUUCCAGGUCUGCUAUCGAAACGCAAGGGCCCAGAGCUUCUGGCCCCGGUCUCAGAAGACCACGAAUUCGUCAAUGCGCCCCCAGAGUUUGCACACCGUGCCAGGGACGAAAUCCACAAACGGCUGCUGUCCCGCAACAAGAAAACCGCUGCAAACAACAACAACAACACCAGCAGGCUCCCGCACAGCGAUGGCCGUUUGGCGGGUUUUGACUCAGACACGAUGUCGCUUGCCACGACCUCCACCAACGGGUCCAGUCUGUUUUCCUCAGCGACAAAAACCACGUCGGCAGCGUCCACGUCGGCCAGCUCUGCUGCUUCCUUCAUCGGGUACAUCGACCAGCCCCGCACCAUCUCGCUCCAAGACGCGCUUCCCAAGACUUUUUAUGACAUGUACGCCACAGAUCUACUAUUGGACCCCCGCAAUCUGCUUUGCAACGGUCGACCCAAAUUCACCAAACGCGAGCUGCUCGACUGGGACCUCAACGACAUCCGUUCGUUACUGAUAGUCGAAGUUUUGCGGCCCGAGUGGGGGUUCCAGUUCCCACUAAUCGAGCUCAACACCGAGUCCAUCACCACGUCGAGCUCCUCGGUCAAAACGCCCGUGCCGCAAUUUCGGUUCCAGCUGCUACCCCUCAACUCUCCAGACGACGUAAUUAUACGCUGUUUGGUCGAGUCAGACCUGUAUUUGGAGGCCAACUUAGACCACCAGUUCAAGCUCACCAGCGCCAGAUACACCGUGGCUGCAGCGCGCAAACGCCACGAGCAGCUUGUAGGCCGUUCCGAACCUAUUAUGAACCUUUCCAAGCCCGAGUGGAGAAACAUUAUCGAGAAUUAUCUGCUGAACAUCGCCGUCGAGGCCCAGUGCCGCUUUGAUUUCAAACGUCACUGUGCCGAGUACAAGAAAUGGAAACACCAGCAGGCCCUGGUGAAAAAGCCCGACAUGCCUCCGCCUUCUACGAUUCCCUCGCGCAAACGUGAAUCUUCUCUGCUCCGAAAAACACUUUUAAAGAACACCGCCAUUAAAUCAACACUAUCGGCGUCCGAAGAAAACGCUUCCGUCACGAAUAUCGCAUCGAACAACUCUAAUUCCAAAAUAUCACUGACCAAGGAUGAGAAAUCCAUGCUAUGGUCCCAGUGCCAAUCCCAAGUAUAUUUGAGAUUGGGGCUGGAUUGGACUCCCGAUGGAGUUUAA